GUCUGUUAUCCUUACGUAAGCUGAAAUUGCAAUUAAAUAUGACUUUAGAGUGGUUUACUGGUGUCCAAAGACCAUAUACCUGGUCUCCGGGCUAGCCAAAGGAACAAGAAAAAAAAACGUAUGACUGAUACAUUGUAUUCAAAGGUAUUUGCAAAUCUGAUGCACAUUUAAACAGGCAAUUGUACUUUGCGACAAGGGGCGCUUUCAAAUCGAGUUAGACUACGAUACAUCUGCGCUUAUCCAAGAACACAUACACUCAAAAGAUAUUCGCGUUCUGUCAUUACAUAAGAAAUCAAUGCAAAUACCUGCUGUAUGUUAUUAAUGAUACAAUAUACUAGAUAUCUUCAUUGCUCCGUCGAUUGAUAAAUACGUCAGUUUACAUGUCGUGCACAAAGCAAGCGUUUGCAUAAAACAUGGCUGGAUAACCAAACAGACACGUAGGCAUAUAUAAGCAGCAAAAACACCACGAGGCUCGCACUCCGCACCGAGCCAUGGCAGCGAAAAGCUUGGCUUUGACGGGCGUGGCAGUGGUGCUUUCGGUGGUGGGCGCGGCGUGGGCGGCCUCCUCGCCGUGGUGCGACGAGCGCCAGACCAUCGUGCACCUGUUCGAGUGGAAAUGGGCCGACGUCGCGAGCGAGUGCGAGGACGUCCUCGGGCCGGCGGGCUUCUGCGGGGUGCAGGUGUCGCCGCCGCAGGAACACAGACUGAUGCCGGGGCAGCCAUGGCAGCAGCGCUACCAACCUGUGUCUUACCUCCUGGACUCUCGCUCCGGGUCCCGCGCCGAGUUCGAGGAUAUGGUGGCGCGCUGCAACGACGCAGGAGUCAGGGUCCUCGUGGACGCCGUCAUCAACAAUAUGGCGGAGCAGCACACGCAAGGAUACGGGUCCGCCGGCAGCCAUUACGCCGCCGACGCCUUCGAUUUCCCGCCUUAUCACGGAGACCAGUUCUUCUCUCCCAAGUUGAACUGCCCUUCGCUCGACGGAACUGUGAGUAAUUACGGGAACGAAAACGAUGUGCGCGAUUGCUACCUAGAAGGAAGAAUGGACCUGUACACAGCAGAGACGGCCGUGCAGGACGUGAUUGCGGACUACCUCAAUGACCUGCUAGACACGGGCGUCGCAGGCUUCAGGAUCGACGCCGCCACUCACAUCUGGCCAGAGGAUUUGGAAUACAUUCAGGCCAAGACCAACAACCUGAGUGAGGCUGCUGGUUUCCCCAGCGGCGCCAGCCCCUACUUCUAUUAUGACGUCAUCGCGCCAGGGACCGCUAUCACCCCUGCUGACUAUUAUCAUCUUGGUGGCGUGACGGAGGCGCAGUAUGGCAAGAAGGCAGCACUGGCAGUGAACGACUUCUCGCUGCUAGAGAACAUGUACGACCCCGCGUGGGAGAUGGCGCCCCCCGCGAACGCAGUCGUCUUCGUGGACAGCCAUCUGAGCCAGCGAGACAACUCCAUUCCCGCGGGCGAGCUGCUGACCUUCCGCAAUGCGCGGGAGUACCGCAUGGCCACGGCCUUCAUGCUGGCCGAUGACUACGGCAUGGCCCGAGUCAUGAGUAGUUAUCAGUUUGCUUCCGACGACGAAGGGCCGCCCACCGACGCCCUCAACAACACGCUCGACGUGACCACCGACGCCAACGGCGAUUGCCUGGGCGGGUGGGUGUGCGAGCACCGCUGGCCGCCCAUCCUCAACAUGGUCAGUUGUCAGCUCACAUGCUCAUACGAUAUUUUGCUCGAGCGUGUUUUAUUGUUCAUUGGUGAUUAUAACAGGACUAAAAGGCGACUCCGUGUGCAGGUGGAGUUCAGGAACAAAGUGGCGGGAACGAAUCGCAGUCGCUUUGAGGUCCUUCCCUCGGGCGCCGCCGUUCUGUCGCGCGGAGACCGGGGCUUCUUCGCCAUGGCUCCAUUGGGCGUCAUGGACGAGUUGCUGGAUACAGGCCUGCCGCCGGGCGACUACUGUGAGCUCGUGAGUGGCUGCGGCGUGGAGGUCACCGUGCACGCGAACGGGUCAGCCCAGAUCACCAUUGCCGACUUCGACGUGCCCUUCGUCGCCAUCUGCGUGGGCUGCGGAGCUGCUCCGGGCAUUUCUACAACCGAUGAUCUAACAACCACAGACGAAAUAACAACCACAGAUGGAUUCACUAUUACAAGCGAUAUGACAACCACAGAUGAUACUACAACAUAUGAAAUUACGACUGAUAAAAUUACUACAGACCCAGCCACGCCAGCAGUCACAACCACGCAUACAGUUAUUACAACAAAUGAAAUUACUACAGAGGAAAUCACCACAACAGAAGAUAUAACAACUGAUGAUACUAUUACCACAACAGACGAAAUAACAACCACGGAUGAAAUUACCACAACAGACGAAAUAACAACCACGGAUGAAAUUACCACAACAGACGAAAUAACAACCACGGAUGAAAUAACCACAUAUGAAACCACAGCAGAUGUAACCACGACAGAGGAAAUCACAACCACGGAUGCAAUCACGACAGAGGAAACGACAAGCACGGAAGCAGCCGCAGCCACCACCGCGUCCCCGCUCCAGAGAACGGUGAUCUUCAUGCACAAGAAGGUGUACGACGACCAGUACGUGUUCCUGCGGGGCGGCCUUGACGAGGACAACGACCCGGACUGUACCGGCCCCCCGGCGGCCACGGACGCGUGCGCGCUGCCCUUCGCCUCGCGCUCCCUCGGCGACACGCCCCACUACGACAGGUACAACGCCUGGCGCGACGGCGACCGCUUCCUCGACUGGUUCGGGGCCGAGCCAGGGCAGGGGAGCUACCAGGGUACCCCUGCAUCAGGCUCUCCUGCCGCCUGGACCACUAGUGAGCCCGGCGUUCAGGGAUACCAGGAGCUCAACGUGUACGGCGAGGACUACUGGAUGCUCGACAUGGACCUUGACUGCACGCGGACGGAGAACAGCUGGUUCGAGGUGAAGGGCUGGCUCGAGUUCGCCGGCGGGUACACGGGCUGGGAGUCCAACGUCGUGCAGCAGGAGUGCUCUGGGGACGCGGGAGGACAGCCGCCCUUCCCCUCAAUCGACCACAUGGCUCGGUGCGGCCACAUCAACGUCUUCACCUGGAACGAAGGCGACUGCAUCAUCUCCUCCUUCUCCAGCGUUACAACGGCUACUUCGGAAACAACCACGGCUGCCACCCCGAACACGACCCAUAGUCCUGGGUCAACUGUGACUGCUGCAACGACAGCAGGCUCUUCAGCUGCAACAUCAGAACCUUCGACCACGACGGCAUCGCCAGUCAAGCGCACCGUCAUUUUCAUAGAGCAGCACACUACCGAUGGGCAGAACGUGUAG